CACGUCAUUCAUUUCCCAUUUCGUCUCCCCACAAUCCACAAUCGAAGUCGCCCACCAAAGAAGAACAAAGACCAUGAGAAGAGCGAUGGUUGGUCGACGUCUCCAAAGCAGUUUGUUUCUCGUGUGCAGUGCCUCCUUUGUUAGGCCAGCAUCGUCGUUUGCACCGCGUCAGUGUUCUACCAGCUUGUCGUCUAGUCCUUUUUUGAAGUUCAGCACCUGUUCACGGCUGUUUUCUGCGUCGUCGAUGGAUAGUGAAGUCAGUGCUAGUAACAGCAUGAAGACCACGACAACAAGACAUGAUUCGAUCUGCGUGGGUGGUGAUUUUGCAGGUCUCAAGGCCACGUUUUCACCAAAGGAUGGCGCCCUGAUUCCCAUCCCCGAAUACCUGGUCCCCGAAGCAUUGUUGGAGUGGGGUCAAGAACCCUCGAGUCUGGAAGUGUUGGUUUCGGAAGAAGAAGAAGAAGAGACAGAACAAAGUGGUUUGAAAGAACGACAAACGAUUUGUGUGUUGCCUGCCAUUGGUUGUGGCGUUGACAACUUGGAAACCCAAAAGACGCAACAAGAGUUCUCUACAGAGACGACAAGCUACUCUAAGCCCAGUGAUUCGACUCUGACGUUGGAUACUACCACAACCUUGCCAUCGGGAAAAGAAGGACGCGUGCAUCAGACAGAGACGCUGUUUUCCCUGCCUGAUUCUCAUCGUGUACGAAUAUCCCUCAACUUGCAGGUACUGCCCAACGAUUCUGCUUUCAGCUAUCAAAUUCAAUCUCCUAUUGUUAUGUAUCUGGAACGUCAAACCAACACGACAAGCAAUCGCGGAACCAGGGCCGAUGGUGGUGGAUUGGAUGGUCGUACAGUAUCGACCUUGUUGGGUGACUGGUUGCGACUAGCACACAAUUUUGGAAAGAACAAGCCAUUGCAAUGGAAACCAGAAAAGGAGGAUGUCACUGCAACCAUUACAUCUGUCAUUCACCUCCCUGAAAAUGUGACUAUUGCCUCAGGACCUGCCGAAGAGGCUGACACAUUUAUGCUGCAACUAAGCCACUUUUCAAAAGAAGGAUCCAGGAGAACGAUAGAACGAACCUUUCAAGGAUUGGAGAGUGCCGCGAGCGUCCAAUAUCGCGAAGAUUCUGGUAAAUGCCUACCGUCAGGAGAAUAAUCUACUAGUACCGUCAGGAGAAUAGUCUACCGCCAGGAGAAUAAUCUACUAGUACCGCCAGGAGAAUAUUGCUAGCUAAUAGACUGUAA